AUAUUUAAAACUUGGGUGUUGUGUCAGAAGUGUGUUUCAGUGCACCUAGCGCUAUUUUAUAAACCCACCGAUAACUAUCUUAAAUUAAUCCUGCAUGGUCGGGUAAAAUAUAUUUUUAGUUGGAGAGGUAGGAUAUCAUUUGAUGACCUGUAUGUCAAUACUAAAUGUUACUUUAAUAUUUGUUACUUGUUUAUCACACUUGAGGGGAUGUCCUUGCGUAGAUAUUGCAGUUUCAGGAAGGAAAUAAACAUACUUUGUUUCGUCUUAGUAAUAAUAGGUGUAUGGGUUUUCAGCGAUUUUACAAAAGAAAUUCCGCUGGAUAAAGGUUUAUCUUCAAACAUAAAAUCGAAGGAAGAGCACCAACUUCCUAUCUCAAUAACACCAGAUGAACAAGUCAACACAAUGUACUCAUCGAAACAUAAUUUUACAAUGUACGACAACAACAACUUAGAAAAGCAAACAUCCAACAAAUCUACUGAAAACCAACAGACCACGAUCGCAAGUUUAAGAAAUACAUUAUCUAUCAACGGAACUCAAUCAAUUUCUAGAAUAGACAAGUCGGAUAUAACGAAAACAUCAAUGGAAGUCCCAGUGGAAAAGGCAUACCCGUUGCUUUUUCAAUCAGCUGAUGAAGAAGAGUUUUCGUCCUCAAACUGGAGUGUUUCUCGUAUUCCUCAUAUCAUACACCAAAUGUACGCGGGCGACAUGAUUCCGGAAAUGUACAUUAAUCAUGUAAGGUCAUUUAUACAAAAUAAUCCUACUUGGGAAUAUCGUUUUUGGACUGAUGAAUCUGGUCGUCAAUUACUACAAAAACAUCAUCCAUAUCUUGUAGAUGUAUAUGAUAAUUUUGGAAGUAACGUUAAACGGUCCGAUCUACUACGUUAUGCUGUUCUUUAUGAAUAUGGAGGCUUCUAUGCCGAUUUAGACAUAGAUAAUCUGCGAUCUCUUAAUAUAAGUACAAUGAAAUAUGCAUGCAUUGUUCCGGUGGAACCAUUUGAGCACAGUGUUUUAUUAAACGGUAUGCCGUUUCUGAUGAACAACGCAAUCAUGAGCUGUCGUCCUAAGCACCCGUUUUUUAAACUUCUAUUAUCUAAAUUACGUUAUGCCCACCCAAGUGGAUAUCCAGUUGGAACUACGGGCCCAGGCUUCGUUACUCGGAUAUUUUAUGAGUACAAUAAUAUGAAUCAUUUCCCAAGUCUACGAAAUAAAACGGAGUGGAGCAGUAAUUCUCCAUAUUUCUAUAAAGGAGAAUUAAAAGAGACCGACAACAAUGCUGUUUACGUUCCUAAUUCGCAAUACUUCAUGGAUAAUUUAGAUCCUGUUCAUGUAACUGAAAAUGGGAAAUUUACCCAACUCUGUAAACAAACUCAAAAUUUAUCAGGCAUGUACAUAAGAGCAUGCUCUGAAUUUCAUAGACGGAAAAAAGUAAGAGAAAAUAAAAAAUAUACAUUCACAGUACAUCAUUGGUAUCACUUAUGGGAAAUGAGUAAAAGCUCUGCAAGUAAUCUCAAAAAGGUAAAUAUUAGCAGUAUAGUUCCGAAAGUUAUAAGAUACACACAAUCGUAAAAACAUCGGACAUGCUCCCAUUAUUCGUAAUACACGUGAUAUGAAAUUGAUGACUUCAAUUGUGAUACUUUUCAGAGAGGUUGAGUGGUUAACUCGUCGGACUAGUUAUCUAAGGAUUGCUGGCGACUCGGGUAAACCCCGUCAGGGGCAAACCGUUGUUUCCGUGAGCAAGAAACUUUACAUUCAUUGCUUAGUACUGGUUGGUUUCAGGAAUGGAUUCGGGAGUGUUUCAAUAAGGUUAUAGCUUCCGACACAAUCGAACUAAAAUUACAUUCGUAUAAACUAAUUGUGAUACUUUAACAAUUUAAAAAUGACAAUU